AUGAAUUUUCACCUGAUGGCCUCGACUUUUGAAAGCGAACAAUCUAAGAGUGCAAAUGGAAUUGGAGAGCUUAUUUCGGAGUACAAUAUGCUUCUAAAGGAACGCCCGUACAGAACAAAGAUAAUUACAGGCGUGAUAUUGGCGAUUGUUGGUGAUUUCAUUGCACAGCUGCGCGACGAUGAUCCGUACGACGUUAAUCGUGCAGCCGCAUUUGCUGUUUUCGAUGGUUGUUAUCGAACCGUCCAACAAGUGACAUAUCCGCCACUCAUCGCAGAGUUUCAAGGCCAGCAUAUUCUUGGACUGCUCGAAAGCCUUGGUUAUGCGUCAUUCCCAGUCUCCUCUGCAGUGCUUGGUCCACUCGAACAAACGCUAAUUAGCCAGCUGGUAAUUAUACCGACAAUAUAUUACCCUGUUUUCUUCACCAUCACUGGAAUCGUUCAAGGAUUAAGUUUCCAAGAGACACUGGAAAGAGCGAAGAAGACUUUUAUUCCUUUGAUGAAACGGAAUCUUUUGUUCUGGAUCCCAGUUCAGUUUGUGGCGUUUGCGUACAUUCCGCAAGACCAACAAAUAUCAGUCCUUAUUGUAUGCGGAUUGCUUUGGACGGUUAUUUUAUCAGUAUCUGCAGGAGCAAUAAAGACAGAUGAUAGCGAACGCGACAGGAGACCGCUUCCAGAGGUGGGAAUGUCUGACGUCAACAAUGCGGGUGAGAGUACCACUAUCAUGGAGAAGUACGAAAGUGAAACGGUCAAAAGAUGA